CGUGUUAUAAAUGUGAAGGAGACAACACUCCCCCGAUGUGUAAUGAGACUGAAAUAUGUUCAACGAGCAACACGCAGUGUCUGUCUCAAGUUGAAAAAGAUAAUGAUGGGAAGAUGAGCUAUAAACGAGGUUGCACAAUUCCUGGAACUUGUACCUCAAAAAAAGCCGUCUGUCUUGUAGAAGAGAAAUUGGGUCGAAUAGACGACUGUUCCUACGAAUGUUGUGACACAGACAAUUGCAAUGAUAAAUUCCCAGCUCUUGGUUCUGGUUUUCAAGUCACAUCUGCAUCAAGCCUGACGUGUUAUAAAUGUGAAGGAGACAACACUCCCCCGAUGUGUAAUGAGACCGAAAAAUGUUCAACGGGCAACACUCAGUGUCUGUCUCAAGUUGAGAAAGAUGAUGAUGGGAAGAUGAGCUAUAAACGAGGUUGCACAAUUCCUGGAUCUUGUUUCGCAAAAAAAACCGCCUUCGCUUUACAAAAAAAAUUGGGUCGAAUAGACGACUGCUUCUACGAAUGUUGUGACACAGACAAUUGCAAUGAUAAAUUCCCAGCUCUUGGUUCUGGUGUUCAAGUGACAUCUGGUAUAGUCGCCAUUGCUGCAACAUUGUCCUUUGCUCUUUUCGUCAUAUGAACACUUUAGUUGUAAACUUUUUUAUUCGCCAACUAUGUCGCACAUAAAACUCACAAAUUGCAAAAGUAAACGGCCUUUAUAUGUUGCCGUAGAACAAACAACAAUUUUCUUUUAAUUUUAUUUUUACGUAUAAAUUCUAUCUACCAUAAUCUCAUAUUUACCAAGAGUGUUAAUUCCGAUAUCAUCACUAUAUUAAUACAAUAAACUUUUAUUGAAACCUGUUUUCCACGGUCGUGACAGUUGCAACUGCAGAAAUGUUCGGAAAUUUAAGUUAUCGGGUCGUGAAAAGUAAAUUCUUGGGAAUAGGUUUCAAGCGCUUUGAACACAAAGAUUUUAUCUGAGUCAAAAUUUCCUAUUGCCAUGA